AUGUUAAUUCAACUGUUUUUAGGGGAUCAGUACAGGUGGCCAAAGACGAUCCCAUAUUACAUGGAAGAUGACCUAGAGAUAAAUGCAAAGGGUGUGAUUCUGAAGGCCUUUGAGCAGUACAGGCUCAAAACCUGCAUCGACUUCAAGCCUUGGAAUGGAGAAGCAAACUACAUUUCCAUCUUCAAAGGGGGCGGAUGUUUUUCCUCAGUGGGAAACCGUCACGUUGGGAAGCAGAGAUUGUCAAUAGGGACGAACUGUGACCGCAUCGCCACCAUCGAACAUGAGUUCCUUCAUGCUCUGGGUUUCUGGCAUGAGCAGUCCAGGUCAGACCGAGAUGAUUAUGUCAAAAUCAUGUGGGACCGCAUCUCAGAAGGCAGAGAGCACAACUUUAACACUUACAAUGACACCACUUCAAGCUCUUUGGGUGUACCCUACGACUAUGGUUCCAUGAUGCAUUACAGUAAAAAUGCUUUCCGCAAUGGCACCGAGCCCACCAUCGUCACCAAGAUCCCCGCUUUCAGCGAUGUCAUUGGCCAGCGUAUGGAGUUCAGUGACAGUGAUCUGCUCAAGCUACAUCGCCUUUAUAACUGCACCCAAGGCUCCACGUUCCUGGACUCGUGUGACUUUGAACGUGAGAAUAUCUGUGGUAUGAUCCAGGGACAAGGGGAUAAAGCAGACUGGGUCAGGACUACCAAAGCUGAUGGAGGGCCCAACACGGACUACUCCAACAUGGGGAAAUGUACUGGCUCGGGAUAUUUCAUGCACUUCAGCACUGGCAACGCCAGCAUUGGAGACACAGCUCUGUUGGAGAGCAGGCUCCUUUACCCCAAAAGAGGAUACCAGUGUCUGCAGUUCUUCUACUACAACACUGCCCACACCAGCGACACACUGAAGAUCCAUGUCAGAGAGUAUGACAAAGCGAACCCCAAUGGAAAACUCCGCCUUAUAAAGACCAUAGAUGGACCCCCUGAGGAGCUGUGGCAACUGCACCAUGUGAGUCUAGACGUCAAAACAAAAUUCAGGGUUGUCUUUGAAGGAGCCAAAGUGGCUUCAGGGUCAGUGAAUGGAGGUAUGUCACUGGAUGACAUUAACCUUUCUGAGACCACCUGCCCAGAGUUUAUAUGGUGCGUGAAAAACUUCAGUAAUGUUAUGGAUACCACCCCAAUGAACACAUCGAUCUUCAGCCCCCUGUUCACCUCCAAGGAGGGUUACACCUUCCAAAUGGAGCUGUAUCCCAGCGGUAAGGCAGGCUACCCCAAUGAGUUGUCAGCCUAUGCUCAUUUAGCAGUCCGUCAAGGGGAGACUGGACAGAAAUGGCCAUGCCCCUGGAAACAGAUGACCAUGAUGCUGAUGGACCAGCACCCACACAUCCAAAAGCGCAUGUCCAACCAACGCAGUGUUACCACUGACCCCAACAUGAAGGCAACAGGCUCUGACCUGUUUUUCUGGGACGACCCUCGCAAGGUGGGCGUUGAGGUCAAAGACACAGAUGGGACCACGUAUUUCCGAGGGCCAGGCGCUGGCACUGCGGUAUACCUGACCCACCUCAGAGCGAAAAGCAGGGAUUUUAUAAAGGGAGGAGAUGCCAUCUUUCUCCUUACCAUGGAAGAUGUGUCUCAUCUGACAGUGACUCAGCCUCUGCCUUCCCCAACCGGACCCCCGGGCACUACUACUACCACCACAGAUGUCUGCCACAAUGUGCAAUGUCUGAAUGACGGAAUCUGUGUGGUGGACGAAGGGAAGGCUGCUUGCAGGUGUGUGCUUUUUGACAAAACUGCAGAUGUAACACUCUUAAAAGGGUGUGAUGUGGGUGAUGACUGGUGGUACUAUGGGGACAGCUGCCAGCACAGGGGUUCCACCCAGGAUAAAACCAACCUUGCUCUUGCCACUUCUUUGUCUGUGUUGGGAGUAAUGCUGGUGAUUACAGCAAUCAGUGUCAUCUGUGUGAAAAAGAAGUACAUGAAACGUGGAAACGAUGAUUUGGUCAUGUCAAACAUGAACGCUACUUAG